AUGGCGGCCGGCGGGCUGUGCGCGAGGAGCAGCAGAGAACUGUGGACCAUUCUGCUGGGCAGAUCGGCUUUGAGGGAACCUGCUCAGAUUGCAGCAGAGUUGAACAAGCAUUGGCAGAGGCUACUAGAGGGGCUUUCAUACUACAAACCUCCCAGUGCAAGUUCAGCCGAAAAAGUAAAAGCUGAUAAAGAUGUGGCUGCUCCACUGAAGGAACUGGGCCUGAGGAUCAGCAAGUUUCUGGGGCUGGAUGAAGAGCAAAGUGUGCAGUUAUUGCAGUGUUAUCUUCAAGAGGAUUACAGAGGGACCCGGGACUCACUUAAGGCUGUCCUGCAGGAUGAAAGGCAGAGUCAGGCUCUGAUGUUGAAGCUUGCUGACUAUUACUAUGAAGAAAGAAUGUGCAUUCUGCGCUGUGUCCUCAACCUACUCACUUAUUUUCAGGAUGAGAGGCACCCCUACAUGGCACAAUACUCACAGUGUGUUGAGAAGCUGGACAAGGAACUGGUUCCUAAUUACCGGAAACAGUUUGAAGAUCUAUACAAAGCAGAAGCUCCUACGUGGGAAACACAUGGAAAUCUCAUGACAGAGCGCCAGGUGUCCCGCUGGUUUGUGCAGUGCCUCCGCGAGCAAUCCAUGCUUCUUGAAGUCAUCUUCCUUUACUAUGCAUACUUUGAGAUGGCACCUGAUGAGCUGCUGACUUUUGCCAGGCUUUUCAAAGAACAGGGAUUUGGCUCUAGACAGACCAACAGGCAUUUGGUGGAUGAAAGCAUGGAUCACCUGGUGGAUCGUAUUGGCUACUUCAGUGCUCUUAUCCUGGUGGAGGGCAUGGAAAUUGACUCCCUGCAUGAGCGUGUGUUGGAUGAUAGGACGGAGGAACAUAAAUUUGCCAGUAAUGGGCGUAUGCACCAGGAAAUGGACCAUCUGCUGCUGACUUUAGGGGACAUCUCUCAUCAUGCUCCUGUGCUCUUGGCCUGGGCUUUGCUCCGUCACACAGUAACCCCAGAGGAGUCGACCAAUGCGAUCAGGCGAAUGGGAAGUACUGCUAUCCAGCUGAAUAUAUUCCAGUACCUGACAAAGCUGCUACGGUCACUCAGCAGUGGGGGGAAGAAUUGUACUGCCAGCACAGCUUGCAUGUGUAUUUAUGGGCUGCUUUCCUUUGUUCUGACCUCGCUGGAAUUACAUACGUUAGGCAAUCAGCAGGACAUCAUUGAUGCAGCCUGUGAAGUUCUAGCAGCUUCCAGCAUUCCACAGCUCUUCUGGAGGACGGAGCCAACCGCAGGUCUGGGUAUUAUCCUGGACAGUGUGUGUGGGAUGUUCCCACAUCUUCUCUCUCCUCUUCUGCAGCUGCUCAAAGCCCUUGUAUCAGAUAAAUCUACUGCAAAAAAGGUGUACAGUUUCCUGGAUAAAAUGUCCUUCUACAUUGAGUUGUACAAACACAAGCCGCCUGAUGUGAUCUCGCAUGAAGAUGGCACCCUUUGGAGAAGGCAGGUGCCAAAGCUUCUCUAUCCCCUGGGGCUGGGCCAGACAAACCUACGAAUACCUCAGGGAACAGUGGGCCAGGUGAUGCUGGAUGACCGGGCAUAUUUAGUACGAUGGGAAUAUUCCUACAGCAGCUGGACAUUGUUCACCUGUGAAAUUGAGAUGCUGCUCCAUGUUGUAUCAACAGCAGAUGUGAUUCAGCACUGCCAGAGGGUGAAGCCAGUCAUUGACCUGGUUCACAAGGUCAUCAGCACCGAUGUGUCAAUAGCAGAUUGUCUUCUGCCAAUCACAUCACGGAUCUACAUGCUGUUACAGAGGUUAACAAGUGUGAUCUCUCCCCCAGUGGAUGUUAUUGCUUCUUGUGUCAAUUGUUUGACUGUAUUGGCUGCCCGCAUGCCAGCUAAGGUCUGGACUGAUCUUCACCACACAGGGUUCUUACCAUUUGUUGCCAAUCCAGUUUCCAGUAUGAGUCACAUGAUUAGUGCUGAGGGAAUGAAUGCUGGGGGCUAUGGAAACCUGUUGAUGAGCGUGGAACAGCCUCAGGGCGAGUAUGGUGUCACCAUCUCCUUCCUACACUUGGUCACAACUCUUGUCCGUGGGCAACUUGGCAGCACCCAGAGCCAAGGGCUGAUGCCCUGCAUUGUAUUUGUGCUGAAGGAAAUGUUACCAAACUACCACAAAUGGCGCUAUAACUCCCAUGGAGUGAGAGAACGAAUUGGGUGCCUAAUCCUGCAGCUCAUCCAUGCUAUUCUGAAUCUCUGCCCUGAAAUGGAUCCUCACAGCAGCAAUGCUCCAAGCCUGCAGUCCUUGUGCAUCUUCAGCCUGGCCAACACGGAAGCAGGACAGGCUGUCAUUAACAUCAUGGGCAUCGGUGUGGACACCAUUGAUAUGGUAAUGGCCUCACAGUCCUGUAGCGAUGAGUCACUGGGCCAGGGCCAGCUGCUGAUCCAGACAGUAAAGCUGGCGUUCUCGGUCACCAAUAACGUCAUCCGGUUGAAAUCCCCUUCGAGUGUGGUAUCCCCACUAGAACAGGCACUUACUCAGCAUGGUGCUCAUGGGAACAAUCUGAUUGCUGUCUUAGCCAAAUAUAUCUACCACAAACACGACCCAGCACUGCCACGCCUUGCCAUCCAGCUGCUCAAACGACUCGCUACGGUGGCUCCAAUGUCUGUUUACGCCUGCCUUGGGAGUGAUGCUGCUGCCAUUCGUGAUGCCUUUUUGACCCGCCUGCAGAGUAAGAUUGAGGACAUGCGCAUUAAAGUCAUGAUCCUGGAGUUCCUCACUGUUGCUGUAGAGACACAGCCUGGGCUCAUUGAGCUGUUCCUGAACCUGGAAGUGAAAGAUGGGAGUGAUGGGUCAAAGGAAUUCAGCUUAGGGGAAUGGAGUUGCCUCCAAGUGGUCUUGGAACUGAUAGACUCCAAACAGCAGGAAAGAUACUGGUGCCCUCCCCUCUUGCACCGGGCUGCCAUUGCAUUCCUUCAUGCUCUGUGGCAGGACCGUCGGGAUAGUGCCAUGCUGGUCCUGAGGACCAAGCCAAAGUUUUGGGAAAACUUAACCAACCCCCUCUUUGGGACCCUUUCUCCCCCCUCAGAAACAUCAGAGCUCAGUGUCUUGGACACUUGUGCCUUAAUCAUGAAAAUCAUCUGCCUGGAGAUCUACUAUGUGGUCAAGGGCUCACUGGACCAGUCCCUGAAAGACACCCUGAAGAAGUUCUCCACAGAAAAGCGCUUUGCUUACUGGUCAGGAUAUGUGAAGUCAUUGGUAUUGCAUAUGGCAAAGACAGAGGGUAGCAGCUGCACCUCCUUGACGGAGUAUCAGAUGCUGAUCUCGGCCUGGCGAAUGCUGCUGAUUAUCUCCACCAGUCACGCAGAUAUAAUGCAUCUGACUGAAUCUGCAGUCCGGCAGCAACUGUUUCUGGAGGUGCUAAGUGGGACCAAAGCUUUACUGCUGGUCCCCAUGUCGGUGUUGUGCCUGCAGCUGGGGUCCAUGCUGUGCACCCUUCUGCUGAUCCUGCUGAGACAGUGGAAGAGCGAGUUGGGUUCUGUGGAUAAAAUCAUAAACUCCUUGACGCAGAUUCUGGAGGGAGUGCUGCAGGCAGAUCAGCAGAUGAUGGAGAAGACCAAGGCCAAGGUGUUCUCUGCUCUCAUCACUGUUCUGCAGAUGAAGGAGAUGAAAGUGAGCGAGAUCCCUCAGUACUCCCAGCUGGUGAUGAGCGUGUGCGAGACCCUCCAAGAUGAAGUAAUUGUGCUCUUUGAUCAGACACGACACAGCCUCACGUCUGGAGACUCUGCCGAUGACAAGGACAGCAUGGAAACAGAUGAUGCCUGCCGGGGUAAACACAAGGACCAGCGAGAUGGGGUGUGUGUUCUAGGGCUGCAUCUGGCAAAGGAACUCUGUGAAGUAGAUGAAGAUGGAGAUUACUGGCUGCAGGUUACCAGGAAGGUCCCUAUGCUGCCUACUAUCUUCACUGCCCUAGAGAUCAGCCUGAGAGUUAAACAAAACCUUCACUUCACAGAAGCCUCAUUGCAUCUACUGCUGACCUUAGCCAGGACGCAACAGGGUGCAGCAGCUGUGGCUAGUGCUGGUGUCACACAGAGCAUCUGUUUGUCCCUCUUGAGCGUAUACCAGCUCAGCACUAAUGGAACAGUUCAGACACCUGCUUCAUCUCGGAAGUCUCUGGAUGCCCCAUCCUGGCCUGGGGUCUAUCGUCUCUCCAUAUCAUUGAUGGAGCGCCUUCUUAAGACACUAAGGUACAACUUCCUGACGGAGGCACUGGACUUUGUGGGUGUCCAUCAGGAGAGGAUUCUUCAGUGCCUGAAUGCAGUACGGACAGUGCAGAGCCUGGCCUGUCUGGAAGAAGCUGACCACACUGUUGGCUUCAUUCUUCAGCUCUCCAACUUUAUGAAAGAGUGGCAUUUCCACCUUCCGCAGCUCUUGAGGGACAUACAGGUGAACUUGUGUUACCUCUGCCAGGCUUGUACCUCCCUCCUGCAUAGCCGCAAAAUGCUUCAGCACUACCUGCAGACAAAAAAUGGUGACUCCCUCCCAUCAGCUGUGACACCUCGAGUGCAACGCACCCCCCAGACCUCCUCCAAGCAUCCAAGCCCUGAGUCAGAGGCAGCCGAGCAGAAGGCACUGCGUACAGUGCAGUAUGGUCUCUUGAAAAUCCUCAGCAAAUCUCUAGCUGCUUUACGCCACUUCACCCCCGACGUCUGCCAGAUCCUCCUCGAUCAGUCACUGGACCUGGCUGAGUACAACCUUCUCUUUGUUCUGAGUUUUACAACACCUGCCUUCGAUUCAGAUGUCGCUCCCUCCUUUGGGACCCUCCUGGCCACUGUCAACGUAGCCCUUAACAUGCUGGGAGAGCUGGAUAAGAAGAAAGAGCCCUUCGCUCAAGCUGUAGGGCUGAAUACACAAGAGGAGACUAAAACUCUUAAGUCUUUGCUCAUGUUUACAAUGGAAAACUGUUUCUACCUGCUCAUCUCCCAGGCUGUUCGGUAUUUGAGGGACCCAGCGGUGCAUCCACGAGACAAGCAGCGGAUGAAGCAGGAACUCAGCUCCGAGCUGAGUACACUGCUCUCAAGCCUGUCUCGUUACUUUCGCCGGGGUGGCCCCUCUUCUCCAGCCAGUGGGGUUCUUCCCUCCCCCCAGGGAAAGUCUGCCUCCAAGAUUGGCCCUGAGGGGCAGGAGCCUUUGAUCCAGCUGGUACAAGCCUUUGUCAGACAUGUGCAGAGAUAGGUUGUGUGCUAUUGCUGCUAUUUCAGGAUUGCACCAGAACUCUUCAUUUCCACAACAGAAGGCAGCAUGCUCGGCUGGGCUCAUAACUGAGUUGUAACAUCUGCUGGGGAGAUAGAUCCUGUUGAAUGCUUGUACCUGAGGAGGAGAGUGAACGUAAGAAGGUCCAAGAAUGCCGCCCUGUCCAAAGAACUGCUCAGUCCAUGCAUGCUCCCUUGCCUGCUGCUCCACCUGCUAGAGCGACCAGUCAAAACCUUUAUUUUUAUAGCUUGUACACAGCAGUUGGGUGGGGAGAGGAGGCAGGUUUUUAACUAUUUUCCUUUGGGCAUUAACUCUGCUCUUAGUACCAGGUGCAAUCUUCCUCUCCCCAUCAGUAAGAGUCGGGUGAGGCACAGGCGAGGGAGCAGCCAGCAAUUCAGAGACCAGCUUUCUAUUGCUAUUUUUGUAUCCAAGGGGUGCCAGUCACUGCUGCUGGCUUGGCAGAGCAAUGUAGAAUGGGGUAGGUGUGCACCAUGUCCCUCCUGCUGUUGAUUUGUGUGAUAUGUACAUUUCUGAAGACAGCCUCCUCCAAAAGGUUUUUAAGUCAAAAUUCCAUUGCUCGGAUCUUGCAUUUUUUGUAACUGUGCCCUAUUUAUACGGAUAUUAAAACAUUUAUAAACAGCA